ACGGAUUGGAAGUUUGGAACCUCAAACGUAGCGGAGUGGAUCCCUCCCUUAAACCCUAAAAACCUUCCUGGGUUUUCAUUGUUUUUUGUUUUUUCGGACGGUCUGGUCUGGUUUUUCAUUGUUUUUUGUUUUUUCCGAAGGUCUGGGUUUUCAUUGUUGCCAUCACAAGCUCUCUUCUUCGCGUAAGCUCAUCUAAGGUUCGUUCCAGUGUGAAAAUGGUGCGGUCCAAGGCUCUGUCAAAGAAGCAGCAAAAGCGAGGAAUAGACUUCAAAAAAAUAAAAAGAAAGAUUGGUAGGAAAUUGCCCCCGCCAAAGAAUGCUACAAACACUGAAAUCAAAUCCAAAGCAAUUAUUCUUCCCGAGCAGAGUGUAGCAUCUGAGAAAACAGGUUUAGCGGUGAGCAGGAAAGGUCUGACUUUGAGAGAGCUCCUUCAGCAAACAUCUCAUCACAAUCCAAAAGUUCGUAAAGAUGCAUUGAUUGGUAUUAGGGAUAUAUUCCUUAAAUACCCAGCGGAGCUGAAGUUGCACAAACUUGCAGUGAUAGAGAAAUUGCGUGAACGUAUCAGUGAUGAUGAUAAACUAGUUCGGGAAACGCUAUAUCAACUUCUUAAGUCUGUGAUUUUCCCUGGCUGUAAAGAGGAUAAUCAAGGGCCUUUCAUUUCCUUGAUGAUGUCAUACAUUUUUAAUGCAAUGACACAUUUGGCAGUUGAUGUUCGGUUGAUGGCUUUCAAAUUCUUUGACCUUGUUGUCCAGCAUUACCCAUCCUCAUUUUCUUUACAUGCCGAAAAGAUUCUUCAGAACUAUGAAGAUAUUUUGCGGAAGAACCAGUUCUAUUUACAGGACAAAGGCAAGCUUAAGGGUGCUCUUGUUGGGUUGGUGCGGUGCUUGUCGAUUUUGCCAUGUAAUAUGAGAGGAGAUAACACAUCAAGUGAAAAAGAAGCUAAUGCCCGGGAAAUUUUGCAUUCUUUUGAGCCUGAUCAGUGUAAAGAUUCUGCUGGGUAUUCUACCAUCACCCAGAAACUAAAGGACCUUAUCCCCGUUCUAGUUAGUUGUUUCCAGGAUUUUGUUCCCUUGGUUCACGCCAUGCCACUGCUUGAUGCACAAUCAUUUGAUUGUAUGUUAUUUAUACUUCAGAGUAUAGAUCUUGUAGUCAGGUUUUUUGUUUACGGAAUUGGUGAGAGUCAGCAACAGUUACGAGCUUCUAAACCUCCUCAUGAAGGACCUGGCAUAACCACGUGGGGUCAAACUGUAUCACCCGUAUUGUUGAAGAAGUUAUUUGAUGUAUUCCCCCUCAACUCGCUGCAUCACCUUCCAGAAAAGGAUGAUCAUCGAUGUUUCGUCUUGAAUGUUAUAAUUACUGAAACCUUUCUUCGCUUAAGUGACCGUAUCUGCCCUCCCACUGCUUUGCUGGAGAAAUUUCUUGAAUUCAUUGAAAGCGCCCUAUCUAAAAAGGUGUACAGCAGCACACAUUCUGUUAAAGCAUUCGAAAAGCAGUUAGUUUCACUUACUUCUUUUCUCCCAAAACUUGUACUGCAAGUUGUAGGAAAUUGGAGGUCUCGUAUUCUUCAGGCUUUUACUAACGUUUUCAAGAGUUGCAAUCCAGAGUCUGCUCUAAAAUUGGCUUGCCUUUCUGCAAUAGAAGAAAUGCUAGUUCCUGGACAAAACUUGCCGUACCUUGAUAGUAGUGAUCCAGAAAUUCUGGACUAUCAGAUAACUUGGAUAAGAGAGCUUCCUUUGCUGCUAAUCCUGUUGGAUGAUAGGCACCCAUCGGCUUCCAAGGUUGUGUUUCAUCUUCUACUUCGCUUGGGACAAUGUGCUCCGUUGAACUCUUCCUUCAUACAGGAAUAUGACAACAUGCAGUACUCAUUAAGAGAAUUUUAUAGUUCAUGCCUAGAUGAAAGAACUAUAUGUUACGGUCCUUUCAUAAGGCUGUCCAGAGAUUCUCAGGAACUCUCUGUUUGUUGCCUUUCCUAUUUCUCUUUGUUGGACUCUCUGCUGCUUAAGUCACUAGCUUUAUGUUGCUUAUGUCAUGACUUGGAACCGUUUGUAUUAUUUCGAAUCAUAGAGGUUUUGCAUUCAGCCUAUAAAGCUGGACAUAUCCAGAUUACAGACCACAUUAGUUUCUUCAUCACUUUAACCUCCUGCUUCAAAGUUCUUCCUGAAAGGAUUUGUCCUAUUAUGGAGAAAGACGAGAUCUCAAAUCGUGGAACUUUUAAGUCAAUCACUAGUGUAGUUUGCUCUUGCCUGUCACAGAUGGGGGAUGAUUAUCUUGUUUUGCAAAUACUGGAGAAAGUAAUUCUUGAUCAAAUAUCUCUUAAACCACCUUUAGACAACACCUGUGCUCUGCUCAGAAUGCUUGUUACACUCGACUCGAUGCCAACAAGACUUUCGGAACAGAGUAUCAUCAAUUUAAGUAGUUUCCUUCCAGGAUACUUAAUUGAUGUUGUAUUUUGCAUUCCGGAAGGUGAUGAUGAGUCCACCAUCUCCAUUCGAACAAGCUCAAGCCGCUAUUAUCUACUACCGUGCUUCAUUUUGUUUUACAGAAUUAACAAACUUCUAAAUCUUGUGUUAAACAUGAUGGGUUCAUUGGUAGCUGAAAAGAGUUCAUCACUCUUUUGUUGUACUUGUAUCCGAUCUGCCACUGACCAUUCAAGUAGGAUAACUUCAAUUGUUUCUAUCCUUCUGCUGAUGCGUAAGGAUAUCAAAAUCCAGAGAAUUCUUUCAUCAUGCAAGGCGGAGAUUGACUGUAUACUGCAGAACAUUCUUGUUGUACAGUCUUCUGAACAAAUCAACAUGACCAUUGAAGAAAGGCACAAAGUACAAUGUGCAUUUGAUAGAUUAAAGACUGUAACAAGUACAUAAUUCAGUGUGAUGCCAGUAAUCUCAGAGGAAUUUCCUGCACCAUGUAACUUCGCCAAUUACUAGUGAGGACAAUGGAAUAUUAUGACUGCACAUACCGAAGUGUUCAGAAGAAAGUGUUUGCUGGUGAUCCUCAAGACGGGAAUUUGCGUUGGUAGAUCAAACCAUUCAUUUCUCAAGUUUGCAUGUGAUGGUGGUAUACCACAUUUUAAUUCAGCCUAUGCAAGUAAAAAACCAUGGCGCCUCAAUUUAAAAUGGUCCCCGGUUGAAGGCUGUGAGUUUGAGCUUCAAGGUUCACCAAGAUCAGUUAAAUAACACAUGCAUAGAAUAGCAAUAUUGGGUUUGCCUAUAAAAAUGUGUAUGUAUUAGAAGAAGAAGAGAGGAAAUUUAUACAACUAUGUCUCUUCUGUAACGUGCAUAAGUUCUUUAAAAUCACAUCUGCAAUUUUACUGUGCAGCAGAUGAUCCACAUCUCUAUAAUUAAUAUGAUGGUGUUGGGUGUAGAAUUCUGUUCCAUUCCUUGAACCGUAAAAUUUUAGUUCUUUCCUGGA